CAACAAUGGCGAGGAGUAGAGCACUUUCCUCACAUACACCUGAACUGAACCUAAUAGGACUUAUGUAACACAAGACGGAUUUCUCAGCUGAAGAGAUUUACACAUCAACCGCCACAGUACGAAUGGUGUUAUCCGAAACCCCUCUCACGAAUGAUAACAUUGUGGAUGGAAUAAGAUGACGCGCCUAUCCCUAGUGCACCUGCUGACCUUUGCGUUGAUUCACGUGACCUCACCGAGGACUGUCCCAUCAUCCUUCACGGUAGACGAGGACGACCUACUUGGGAAACUUACACCAAGACGAGCGCCCGUUAUCUACCCACCCCUUCCGUUUAACCCCAGACAUAUUCAGCCUGAUGAAAUGACGAUUCAACCGACAGUUAUCUCCCCUUCUCCGUCUUCACUCUUCAUGUAUACCUCUCAGCAGAGUCAGAUAUAUUUCCCCAAUACGGUGAGAACUAUAUUUAUAUAUACAUCAUCGUCAUCAUCUAUGAUGUCUUCGUUACAACCAUCAUCAUCAGCCACAGAUGUAGGUCCCCUAGAAACACCAUCAGUGUCGACAUCAGUUUCAGCCACAUCAUCCAGCAUCAAUCACAACGUGAUAAGAUGUCCUACACCCAUUGUGGCACAGCUGGAAACGUGGUCUAGCACCGCCACAACCUCUGAGACACGGUUAACAAUAACUCCUACAAAGACAAUACACCGCACAGUCAGGACAGCAUCCCAGGUAGAACCUGAACCCCAUCCUCACCCAACGUCAGCCACAUCAUCAGCUAGUCUUCCAGGACAAUCGACCACCUCGUCCAUCUCACAGUCCGCAACCACAAUGAUGGCUGACAGUCUCCCCCGAACACCACAACCGUCAAGGAGUGUCACAGAAACGUCCACAGGGUCACCACAGCCUGGUAUACAAGGUUCCAAGACGAUUCUUGCUUCAGCACCAAUGCUAUCACAUCUUUCACAAAGCACCAGAAUGAACACGAACGUUGUGUCCAUAUUUCCAACAGCAACACAUACGAUACAAGCGGGGACAACCAGUGAGGAUUCAGAGUGUGGGUCGACCUAUCUCCCAGGGGACACUCGUCGCACUUUUGAACCCUACUUCAGGCCAUCGGUUUCUCUUUUUCCGAGUAACCUGCACACAGAGAGCUUUGACCUGGAUGGGGAAUACCUCUCUGUCAAGACUCUUAAUUUUCAAUCUGACUCACUUACAGCACCAACCGUCUUCAGUUCGACGUCCGGCACUCUGGAUCAAAGCUCAUUGCUCCCUACCCCUGACUACAUAGUUGUGAGUAGGUCUUAUGGACACCGGUUUGAUUCAAGCAGAGCACCAGAAAUGACACAAAGCUUUGAUGUUGCAGCGGAUCGGAACCAUGGUUUGCACAUCAGCAGGAAGACAGAUGUAAGUCGCCUUCCUCAAGUUCCUGAACCACUGCUGGGCUUAAACGCCGCCUUGAAUGAACUUUCAGGCGUCAGUCAUAAAGCAGACGCAACGAGCUCAAGUAAUAAGUCACUCUUGUCGAUUCUUUCCAAAGCGCUGAGCUCCAUGACAACCGAACCGUCACACCACACCAACAGCAUACCCUUCCGAGCCAGUGACAUGUUCGGUAGCUACCUAGCUCAGGGUGCUGGUGGAAUUCAUCCUCGUUCUCUGCCUGGUGAUCUGAGUCAGACCCAGUUCACGGAUAUUACUAGCAACUCAUUACCCCAAUCUUCCAAACAGAAUUUUCAACGGGAUGAAUUUUCUACUACAACGUCCAAACGAACGACCGAAGAAGGUCCUCUGAGACAACUGCUCGGUGGCAUGGAAGCAUUAGCCUCAGGGAGGACUGUAGCCACUGUGACAUCAACAGAGACAACCCCAUCGACAACAACAACCACUACAACUACGUCUACCACUACAACGACGACUACUACAAGCGCUAAGCCAUUAAUUCCUGAUAUCUGCCAGACGCUGUGUCGAUUGGGCCAGUGCCCGCCGUCGUGUGUCGGAAGGGUGUCAGGAUGGAGUCGAUGAUGUUGCUGUCGCCGGUGGACGGUCCGACGUCGGUUGAUGGGUCCCUGUCGCGUUACAACACAGGACAACAGUUGACCCACGAAGCAAGAAGAAAGGCAACACCAGCACAUCAAACCCGUGGGCACUUGGCGUCAUUGUCCUGCAUGUCUUUAAAUAGUGCCUUGAUCAAAAGGUUCAUAGUUGUUCGACUAGAGGCACGCAACGUUCAGCUAAUCAGCAAAUGCGUCAAGCACCUGUAGACUUAUUGGAUGCGUGAAACUCCGUGGCAAGUCCUGUCGAGAACUGUUCAACAGCCAACAGAGGGCCAACACUGGGUCAUCACAGUGUGUCUGACGCGUUGCCAUCACAUUCCGUAGUCACAAUCAAUCAAAUAACGUCAUAUGAAAUUUUAAUUCAAUUACAACACUCCAACUUUGCCCAUCCUCGUGGACCGGCAGUUAUUUCAUGAUUGUUUAAACAGGAGUGGGUAAUAAAUUUACAUUCAUAACGCUCUAAUUUCCAUGCACGAUGACCUGCUCGAAGCGCACACUGGAGGGUUUCGAGAGAAAUAGACAGGACAGGUUUUGAUUUGGUUGCCGCACUCAGCAAUAUUCUAGCUAAAUGACGGCGGUCUGUUAAUAAUCGAGACUGGACCAGACAUUCCAGUGAUUGACAUCAUGAGCAUCGAUCUACGCAAUUGGGAUACGAUGACAUGCAUC